AUGUCCUCUAAGCUAUUUGACACUAUAGAAUUUCUUAAAAGCUAUGAAGAACAUCCAUGUUUGUGGAAUAAGACCAUACCAGAUUUUCAUAACCGAUUAAAAAGAGAUGCAGCCGAAGAACAAUUGUUACCCAUAUCAGGUCUUGCCAACAUCAAAGAACUUCGGGCGGAAAUUAGGAGUAUUCGUGGUACGUACAACCAGGAAGUUGGGAAAAUAAACAAAUCUAUGAGAACAGGAUCUGGGACAAGUGAUAUACAGUGUGUUCACGCUAAGAGGUACCACUAA